AUGGAGUUCACUAACGCCGAAAUUCGCGCUAUUUUAAAGUUUUCCUUCGUUAAAGGCAAAUCCGCUAGAGAAACGUUCCGUGAGAUUAAUGGUGUUUUGGGGGAUGGUACUCUAUCACUUCGAACCGCGGAGGAAUGGUUUCGACGAUUCAGAGCCGGUGAAAACGACACCAUGGAUAAGCCAGCCGGCGGAAGACCUGUGACGACAAAUACCGAUCAAAUCAUGGAAUACAUCGAGUUAGACCGGCAUGUGGCAUCUCGUGACAUCGCCCAGGAGAUGGGAGAUAUGAGUAUCUUCCACCGACCAGUGCGAGCGGAUAAAUUCGUGGUGCAACAUAUUCGCUGCAUCGAAGCCGUUUGCAAGCUGGAACGAGCCGCGAUGAAACGAAAGACCGUUAAUAUUACCAGCUUUAUAAAAGAAAUAUCACCCAAAAAAUGGUGCCGUGAGGAAACCAAGGAAUUCCUGGAGGAAAUCCUUUAA